AUGUGUGCCAAGGCCACUUCCGAGAGCGCCUUUGGUGAGUGGGCCCGGGAGGAGUCGACAAAGAUCAUGAGUAUCCGCUUCGCCCAACGCGAUGCGGUGAAGAAUGAUCUGAAGCAAGACAGGCGCGUGUACCUGGAUCGCCUGGUGGCUUCUCAGCGCGACCGCGAUGAGCGGUGGGCCAGGAAACUCCACAAGAGCCCCUUUGCUGUGGAUCUGGUGGCUGAAGACCAGCGAAUCGCCGAGGAGAACCGUGUCCGAGAGAUUGUCGAGAAACGCCGGGCGAAGUCGGCGGCCGUGCGGAGUCGCGAAGCUCACAGCCGGAUCUUCAAGCGUGCAACGGUCGAGUCAGAUGAGCUGGACCAGCUGCGAAAGGAGAAGAGGCAGCUUCUCACCAACGAGAAGCAGCUCAAGGCUCUCCGCGACGUGGAGCGGAGCAAUGCGAGGACGCUGCAGAUCUUGCAGGCUCGCCAGCAGAAGCAGCAGGAGCUGCGCAAGAUGCGGCAGAUGCGCAUGGGCGCCGAAGACGAUGAAAACGAAUCUCCCAGGAGAACAAUGUGA